AACAAUAAGAAGGUUGCAGUUUGUUGUGAACUUUGCAUGACUUAUUCCCUUGACUUAAUAGUAAAUAUAAAGCUGAUGUAUUUAAAAUAGCAUCUCAAUCGAAUUCUUGUUAAAAGUACUGUUUGCCAUUUUUUGGAUUAAUACAAUACCAAUAGUUGGUGACCAACCAUUCAUUUCUCUCCAAAAAGGAUCAACAACUAGCUGCAUCUUGUCUAUAUUUGAAAAUUUCCUAAUUGCCACCAUAAAUAUUUGAUUAUUUUUAGUUAAACGGAACUUUAAUGGCUUUAUUUUGCUUGUAAACAAAUCAAACUUGUAAAACUGUAUUUAUGACCAAAUUGUCAAUUAACAACUCUCUCCAACUUUUGAAUAACAAGUUACCUAAAAGUUCCUGAUGAGCGGAGAAGGGAGGGUUGUUUGUGUUACAGGAGCAUCUGGCUUCGUAGCUUCAUGCCUUGUUAAGCUCUUGCUGGCCCGUGGCUACUCUGUUCAUGCUACUGUUCAAUCCCUUGAUGAUCCGAAAUUAACAGACCACCUACGUGCUCUUGAUGGAGCUAAGGAAAGGCUUUCUUUGUUUGAAGUUAACUUGCUAGAAGAAGGAUCUUUUGACUCUGCAGUUAAUGGCUGUGAAUGUGUCUUUCAUACUGGCUCUCCAGUUUUAGUUUCAGCUUCUGAUCCGCAGGUCGAAGUGAUAGAUCCUGCGGUGAAGGGGACACUGAAUAUUCUCAAAUCAGCUUCAAAAGUUCCAUCUCUCAAGAGAGUCGUGUUGACACUUUCCAUUGCUGCAGUUGUAUUUACAAAAAAGCCUCUGGAGUCUGGUAUUACAGUGGAUGAAACAUGGUUUUCAGAACCGAUAAUUUGUGAGCAAAAUAAGAAUUGGUAUGCACUUUCAAAGACCCUGGCUGAAGAUGCUGCGAUUAAAUUUUCUAAAGAGAAUGGCUUGGAGUUGAUAGGUAUACAUCCAGGCUAUGUGAUUGGUCCGUUCUUACAACCAACUCCCAACCUUGCUGCAGAGGGCAUUAUGCGCUUGAUAAAAUCCGGUAAGGAUGUAUUCCCAGAUGGAUUGUACAGACUUGUUGAUGUGAGAGAUGUUGCUACUGCACAUAUACUAGCUUUUGAAAACCCCGAAGCUAAUGGUAGAUACUUAAUGGUAGGGUAUACAGUUCGAUCUUUUGAGAUCGUGAAGAUCAUAGACAAACUCUACCCGAAUCUUGGCAAUUUUGAAAGGUCUGAAGACAGCAAGUGUAAUGAGCCGCUACCUUACAACAUAUCAAAGACAAGGGCUGAAGGCCUGGGCGUUGAUUUUACUUCACUUGAGAUAACCAUUAAGGACACCUCGCUACUCAUGAACGGAGAAGGUAAGGUGGUCUGUGUUACGGGGGCUUCUGGGUACAUAGCCUCAUGGCUUGUUAAGUGCUUGCUUGAAAGUGGCUACUUGGUUCAUGCUACCGUACGCUCUCUUGAUGAUCCAAAAAGAAGUGAACACCUACUUGGUCUUGAUGGAGCUAAAGAAAGGCUGUCUUUGUUUGAAGCUAACUUGAUGGAAGAAGGAUCUUUUGAUUCUGCAGUUAAUGGUUGUGAAUGUGUCUUUCACACCGCCUCUCCUGUGUUAAUUUCAGUCACUGACCCACAGGCACAACUGCUAGAUCCUGCAGUGAAGGGGACACUUAAUGUUCUUAAAUCUGCUGCAAAAGUUCCUUCUCUCAAGAGAGUCGUCUUGACAUCUUCCAUAGCUGCGGUUAUGUUUGGCAAGGAGCCUCUAGAAUCUGGUGUUAUGGUGGAUGAAACAUGGUUUUCAGACCCAGAAAUUUGUGCCCAAAAGAAGCUGUGGUAUCCCCUUGCAAAGACACUGGCAGAGGAUGCUGCUGUGAAGUUUUCAAAAGAGAACGGUUUGGAGCUGGUAGCUCUACAUCCUGGCUAUGUGAUUGGUCCUUUCUUUCAACCUAAUAUCAACGUUGCGUCUGAGGGCAUCUUAAACUUGAUAAAAACUGAAAAGGAUUUAUUUCCAGAUGGAAUCUAUAGACUUGUUGAUGUAAGAGAUGUUGCUACUGCACAUAUAUUAGCAUUUGAAAACCCUGACGCUCAUGGUAGAUAUUGCAUCGUUGGGAAUAUGACUCGUUCUUCAGAGAUCUUAAAGAUUGUAGGGAAGCUCUACCCUGCUCUCAUCAAUUCUCAAAAGUAUGAAGAUGACAAGUGUGUUGAUCCGCUACCCUACAAUGUAUCAAGGGAAAAGGCAGAAAGUUUGGGCGUUAAGUUUACCCCAGUUGAGGUAAGCAUCAAAGACACCAUUGAAAGCUUGAAGGAAAAGAACCAGCUCAGCUUCUAAAGCACCACACCAAGAAAAUCUGCAACUGAGAAUUAUGUACUCCUUAUAGGCUUAUAUGAAACAUGGAAUGCUAUGA